GGGGGAGGUGGGGCGAGGCGAGGCUUGCUAAGGCGAGGCGGCGGCCGGGCCGGGCCACAGGCUGUGGCGUGGGACCAUGGAAGCGGCUGCCGCUGCUCCGCGUCCCCGACUGUUUCCCCUCGUGCUGGCGGCGGCGGCGGCGGUGACGCUGGUCCCGGGGGCGACGGCAUUACAGUGCUUCUGCCACCUUUGCACAAAAGACAAUUUCACUUGUGUCACAGAUGGGCUCUGCUUUGUCUCUGUCACAGAGACCACAGACAAGAUCAUACACAAUAGCAUGUGCAUAGCUGAGAUCGACUUAAUCCCUCGAGACAGGCCGUUCGUGUGCGCUCCAUCCACAAAAACGGGGUCUGUCACGACGCCGUACUGUUGCAAUCAAGACCACUGCAAUAAAAUAGAGCUCCCCACUGUGGGAAAGCCGUCCCCAGGCCUCGGGCCCGUGGAGCUGGCGGCUGUCAUUGCCGGGCCGGUCUGCUUCGUCUGCAUCUCCCUCAUGCUGAUGGUCUACAUCUGCCAUAACCGCGCUGCCAUCCACCAUCGAGUGCCCAAUGAGGAGGACCCUUCCUUGGAUCGCCCUUUUAUUUCAGAGGGCACUACGUUAAAAGAUUUAAUUUAUGAUAUGACGACAUCGGGGUCUGGAUCAGGUUUACCGUUGCUUGUUCAGAGAACAAUCGCCAGAACUAUUGUAUUACAAGAGAGUAUUGGCAAAGGCCGAUUUGGGGAAGUUUGGCGAGGAAAAUGGAGAGGAGAGGAAGUCGCUGUUAAAAUAUUCUCCUCUAGAGAAGAACGUUCCUGGUUCCGAGAGGCAGAGAUUUAUCAGACCGUAAUGUUACGUCAUGAAAACAUCUUGGGAUUCAUAGCAGCAGACAAUAAAGACAAUGGUACGUGGACUCAGCUCUGGUUGGUGUCUGAUUAUCAUGAGCAUGGAUCCCUUUUCGAUUAUUUGAACAGAUACACGGUUACUGUGGAAGGAAUGAUAAAACUCGCUCUGUCCACAGCAAGUGGACUUGCUCAUCUUCAUAUGGAGAUUGUCGGUACCCAAGGAAAACCCGCCAUUGCUCACAGAGAUUUGAAAUCAAAGAACAUCUUGGUGAAAAAGAACGGAACUUGCUGUAUCGCAGACUUGGGGCUGGCAGUGAGGCAUGAUUCCGCCACAGACACAAUUGAUAUCGCCCCAAACCACAGAGUGGGAACAAAAAGGUACAUGGCCCCCGAAGUUCUAGAUGAUUCCAUAAAUAUGAAACACUUUGAAUCCUUCAAGCGCGCCGACAUCUAUGCAAUGGGCUUAGUGUUCUGGGAAAUAGCCCGAAGAUGUUCCAUUGGUGGAAUUCAUGAAGAUUACCAGCUGCCUUAUUAUGAUCUUGUACCCUCCGAUCCAUCAGUUGAAGAAAUGAGGAAGGUUGUUUGUGAACAGAAGUUGAGGCCAAAUAUUCCAAACAGAUGGCAGAGCUGUGAAGCCUUGAGAGUAAUGGCCAAAAUUAUGAGAGAAUGUUGGUACGCCAACGGAGCAGCUCGGCUCACAGCUCUGCGGAUCAAGAAAACUUUGUCACAACUCAGUCAACAGGAAGGCAUCAAAAUGUAACUCUGCGGCUUUGCCCGAACUCUGCUCUUCUUCAGAUCCGCUCCUGGGCUCUAAUUGGGGAGGUCACUUGUUCUACCUCACUGAGAGGGAAUAGAGGGAUGUCGCUUCCUUUCGAUAAGGUCGAUUUAGAACUUCCCAGGAUUGCUGUGGACCCAGGAACCAGCCCCGUGGGUCCUCUCUGUGCACUAUGAACUCCGCUUUCCCGGGACAGUCACGGAGUGUUGUGUAGUCUACCUUUAUUUUUUAUUAACACAAGCCUUUCUUUAAAGAUGAUUGCUGGUCUUAACUUUAGUGACUCUGCUGUGCUGAAGAUCAUCUUAAGGGUCAAGGAGCUGGAUUGCCGAGUUAUACGAAGCAUUUCUUGUUUUUAAAGAAAGUGAUUUCCUCCUGGUUAGUACAUUCUCAGAGGAUUCUGAACCACUAAAGAGUUUCUUUGAUUCAGACUUUGAAUGUACGGUUCUAUAAAUUUCAGGAUCUUAAAACUAACACUUAAAAAACUCUUAUCUUGAGUCUAAAAAUGACCUCAUAUAGUAGUGAGGAACAUAAUUUAUGCAAUUGUGUUUUGUAUACUAUUAUUGUUCUUUCACAUAUUCAGAACAUUACAUGCCUUUAAAAUGGGAUUGUACUAUACCAGUAAGUGCCACUUCUGUGUCUUUCUAAUGGAAACAAGUAGAAUUGCUUAAAGCCUGUGCUUGUUAAAACCUGUAGUGUUUCAAUUCAAAACGUUUAUUUAUCUGGUACAUAGACCUUUUCUGUUCUGUUUUUUUGGAAGAGGUUUUGUGGUAUGUCAUUUGGUGUUCCAUUUUGAAAAUGCCUUUCUCCUACCAGAAUGUGCUUAAACCACUAAAGAGAUGAAGUGGCAUUAAUUGGUGAGUUGUUAUCACGGUCACGUUUGAAUAGUCUCGCAUCAAGUUUUUAGUGGUGUUGUCUAAGUGUGCUUUAAAAAACAUCAAGUGGCACUCUAGACGCUUCUAGUACUUUAAAGUUUGUAGCAUACAGACUAAUUUUUCUAAAAGGGAGAAUUUGUCUAGCUGCUUGUGAAAAGUUGUGUGGCAUUCUGUAAGCCAUUUUGUUCUUUAUCUGAUCAAAGACAGUGUUAUUUUUUUAAGAGAUGAAUUAUGUUUAAAGUUAGAGUAUGGGUAAUGUUAAAUGAUAGGCCUUUUUCUAGGAGGGUGAAGGUAGUCAAUAAUUGGAGUAGAAAGCAGGUAUGCAGGAGAGUCGCGUGUGUCACGUGGGGGUCCUUGUUCGGUGCAUUUUCGGUCUUUGGAACUAGGGUUAGAUUCAGUGUGGUUUUGAGGUCUCACUACAUUUUGAGGAAGGCAGCUUUUAAUUCCGUCUUUCCUUCUGUGUGCAGGUAUUUUAACUGCUUAAUUUACAAGGCUAUGUAACAGAUUCAGUACACUCUUGAUAUUCGGGAGAAUGGUAGCUAAAGCAUAUCCUGCAUAUAGGUUCUCCAUUUACAGAUGUUUUCUGGGCAGAUUAAACGUUUCCAAUAAACUGGUUAUGGUCUUCUCACAUUAAGUGGAAAAUAGCUUAUGGUAACUGGCUUUUACUUCCAGUGCUAAAACUCUUUGCAGGACUUGUACAAUUUUCGAAGUUUUCUUUAUCACUGUGAUCUUACUCUGAGGGGGCGAACUGUCUUGGCUGUGAGGCGAGUCGCUGACAUCACGGGGCCGCCAGCGCCCGGUGCGAGGGGCGCAACGGCCUUUCCAGCACUUAGGUCGGAGGAGAGAGCGGCCGUUCACACCGGCUGAGCUGCGUUCCGAAAUGUCUUGUCUCUUAUUCAUAGAAUAAAUUUGAAAGACUAUUUGGUCUUAAAACCAAAGUAAUUUUAGAAAGAAUAGUAUUACAUAGGAAUUUAGUGUCGAUUUCAUGUCUUUAAAACAUCAUGGGGAAAAUGUGCUUAGAGGUUAAUAUUUUGACUCCAAAUUUGAGGUUUUUUCCUGUAUUACUGUGAUUUCAUCAAAGCAAAUAUAUGAGUUUGAGAGGUUUGUUUUUAUCAUUGUGUUACAUUUCCUGUUUCAUAAUUUCUAGCUCUGUGAUUAGGCACUCUUUUUUUUUCUUUGCCAUUUCUAAGUCUACAAGAUCUUCUUUAUGAAAUCCAGGGGACCAAUGCGUUUUAUCACUAAAACUAUUUUUAUAUAAUUUUAUUAAGAACAUACCAAAAGUUCUUGUCUGAUUUAAAGUUGUGAUACAUGAUUUCUCAGUUUCAUACAAGGUAAUCAACUUUUGCUGAAGCUGUUCUUUAUUAAAUCAAAGAUUGAGUUACAGUUGUACUUUUCCUAAGUGAAUAAAAUGCACUUUUAAUGAAUCAGGGAAUUUUUUAAAGUUGGUAUUUAAUUCUAAAUUGGGUUUACAUAUUACUGCAGCUAACUCCUUUUUUGGCAAACGAUGGUUUGAUAAAACUCAAUCGGCUAAUACUGAAAAUGAAAGUGACUUAAAAGAUGAAGCAGAUCAACCACAGGUAAAUUUGACUAGAGCAUUCAUUUUGUCAUUUGGAAACUCAGAAACUCAGGCUUUUUUUAUACUGCCUGUCUUCAGAUGCUCACCUUCCAAGAUCCAACUUGGCUGAAAUAGACCUUGAGGCAAAUGACCUGUCCACGUCCUUUCUGUCAGCACACCGGGGUGGGGGCGGGGGCGGUCUGGCCUAGUGGGGCACGGACACCCCUGGUCCUUCUUUACUGACUUCCGCCCUGUCUCCCCUGCCCUGCCUUCCUGCCGACCCCUGGCUCGGAGACCAUGGCCUGGACGAGCGUCCCCUCUCUCCAGCACCCUUUCCCCAGCAGUCUUUUGACUGAAGGGCCGCCUUUGAUAUCUGGAGCAAAAUGGUCGUUGGAAGUUGUGGGACAUCCUUUCAUUUCCUUGAUUCAUUGAAUGUUGUCGGGAGGGGUCUCCCCAUUCAGAGACUGGGCAGAUGAUGGCCCCACUGGCUGCCCUUCAUCAGCUUCAGCCUUGGCCGACCCCUGGCAGCUGUGGCGUGGGAGGUGUGCCGGCGGCAGCAGCCAGCUGUACCCCCUCUAGGACAGGGUAAGGCCCAAAGAGCCGAGCCUAAAAUUCUGCUGUAGUGGUAGUGCUCGAGAAGUGCCUUGAGUCGGUGUACGUGCCAUGGCUGUCAAGAAUUCCAAACGCCAGUUCUUAUUACAAACUGAGUGGUCACGUGGCCAUUUUGCAGUUUAUGCAUGAAUUACCAUUUUUUCUCUAUACCUGAGAACGGUCACAGGUAGAAUAUUCUGCAAGAUAAGAUGGCAAAGUGCUCAUUAAAAUGCACAACAAAAUCGGUAUCCCAUCAGGCAUGUCCUAUCAAAAGUUGACUUGUGUCCUUGCACUGAAAGAGCGGUGGCAAGUGGCUGGGUUUUGGUUUCUUGGCUGUGGCGGUGAAUUGGCUCCAAGAUGCUGGAGAUUCCAAAUUAUGGUUCUGUUACCACUUGGCAAAAAAUGUCAGUUCUCAAAGUUUUGAGAUCCUUGGGAGUCGCCCUGGACACACACUGCGGCUCCUUGUGUCUGGCUCAGGACGCUGGGACACUCGUGGGCCAUCUGCCUGGGACGGCUGGCUUCUGGGACUCUCUGAGGGCUGUCACCACAUUAAACUUUCCAGUCCCGUGAUGCAAUUGUACUUGUAAUUGUAAACUUUGAAAAGGUGGUUUGUAACAUUCAACCUGUUUCUUUAAAGCUUAACAAGAACUUCAGUGAAUUUGUUCUUACUCUCUAACAAGAUUGGCAGAUGGAUGCCGCGAACCACGUUUGGUACCCCUCUUUCACACGUGCCAGUGGGGCGGGGCGUUUGACCUUUCUCCAUAUGUCGAGGAGAUGCUUCAGAAUAUCAAUUGCUUUAAACUUAAAUUACCUCUCAAGAGACCAAGGUACAUUUACCUCACUGUAUAUAUAUGUUUAAUAUUUGUCAGAGCAUUCUCCGGGUUUGCCGUUUUAUUUCUGUAAAGUAUGAGUAUUAUGUUGCCCCAUCCCUCAAACGGUACUGUACUGUUUAUAUGUGCACCCCAGGUAACAUCAUCUGUGCUUUGUUCUCUGUGUUGUGUUGUAUCUGUGCAAAAUCCUUCUGGCUUUAUCUGUGUAAUCUCUGCCUUUUUAGAUGUGUACAGAAAAUGUCCAUAUAAAUUUUCCUUUAAGUUGAAUGAUUUUGAAAAACCUGUAAAGAGGAGAGAGAAGCAAAAACUGCAGUCCCCAUAAGUUUUUAAAAUAUGUAUAUUGUGUUUGUGGUCAUAUUCUGAAUGAACUGUAAAUAGGAAGUAGAAGAGUGAUACUUAUGUCAAGUCCUAACACUACAGUAGAAAAAUGAAAGCAAUGCAAAUAAAUUACUUUUUCCUCCCA